UCUUAUCUUCUUCUUCCUGCUCUUAAAACCAAAACCCUUUAUACAGAGAUUCCAUAGACAACCAAGCAGCCAUAACCAAUCUCCUCUUUUUGCUACCUCUGCUCAAUCAUGGCUCUCCAAGCUGCAGCUUCUCUUCUUCCCUCUUCUGUUUCUCUAUCCAAAGAGGGGAAAUCUAAUGUCACAUGGAAGGAUUCAUCAACUCUCUUUGGAAUCUCUCUUCCCAAAACUGUUGAUGCAUUCAGAUUCAAGAGUCAAAGGAAGGUAUCAAAUGGGUUCGCGAAAGCAAUAGCAACUACUCCAGAAGUUAACCAAUCAGUUCCUUCAGGCAAACAAACGUUGAGGAAAGGAACAGUCGUUAUCACCGGAGCAUCUUCCGGUCUAGGUCUAGCAACAGCCAAGGCUCUAUCCGAUACAGGGAAAUGGCAUGUGAUUAUGGCGUGCAGAGAUUUCUUAAAAGCCGAAAGAGCUGCUAAAUCAGUAGGAAUGGAUAAAGAGAAUUACACCGUAAUUCAUUUGGAUCUUGCUUCUCUAGAUAGCGUCAGACAAUUUGUAGAUAACUUCCGGCAAUCCGGCCGGACACUCGAUGUUUUAGUCUGUAACGCUGCUAUAUACUUACCGACGGCGAAGGAACCGACGUUCUCAGCUGAUGGAUUUGAAAUCAGCGUUGGAACUAAUCAUCUUGGACAUUUCCUUCUUGCUAGAUUAUUACUCGAUUUCAUGAAACAAUCUGAUUAUCCAUCGAAGCGACUCAUCAUCGUUGGAUCCAUUACAGGAAAUACGAAUACAUUGGCGGGGAACGUACCUCCGAAGGCGAAUCUAGGAGAUCUGAGAGGACUUGCAGGAGGAUUGAACGGUUUGAACAGUUCAUCGAUGAUUGACGGAGGAGAAUUCGACGGAGCGAAGGCGUAUAAGGAUAGUAAAGUGUGUAAUAUGCUUACGAUGCAGGAAUUUCAUAGGCGGUAUCAUGAGGAGAGCGGGAUUACGUUUGCGUCUUUGUAUCCAGGUUGUAUUGCUACGACUGGAUUGUUCAGAGAGCAUAUUCCUUUGUUUAGAAUUCUGUUUCCGCCAUUUCAGAAGUAUAUUACGAAAGGAUAUGUAUCUGAAGAAGAAUCAGGGAAGAGACUUGCACAGGUUGUGAGUGAUCCGAGCUUGACGAAAUCUGGUGUAUAUUGGAGUUGGAAUAAGGAUUCGGCUUCGUUUCAAAAUCAGUUGUCUGAAGAAGCUAGUGAUGAAGAGAAGGCUAAGAAGUUAUGGGAGAUUAGUGAGAAACUGGUUGGUUUGGCUUAGGAUGAUGAAGAAGAAGGAUUGAUCCUUUAUCUAUUAGUAACGGUUUUAGUCAUUUUUGUUUUUCAAAUAACUAUUUGUGUUUCUAGUAUCAAAUUUAGCAAUCAAAUUUCAUUUUAUGGGAUU